UUAGUUACGUCAUUGGACUCCGUGCCGUGCGGCAGCCGCUGAGCAUUCGGGGAGUUGUAGUUGCAGGCGACAUGAGUAGCAAGAGAAGGCAAGGGGACCGGAGGGACCCCAAAACUAAGAAAGGGAAGCGGGAGAUCAAAGCUGGGCUGACCGAGAGCCUGCUGAACCAGGCCGGGAGGGAUACAGCUAGACAGGCCUGGGAGAGGAGGGAAGCCGGGAACUAUGGCUCCAUUACCUUGUCUUCUGCCCCUUUUCCGCACUGUGUGAUCCACCCUGUCAUUCAGAGUUUGGAAUUCCUGGAUGGAUUAAAAGAGGAGCUACUGGGUCUGAACUUCAACGAAAAAUCUAAUGACCUGUACAAGUUUAAACAGUCGGAUGAUCUGAAGAGGCGGAAAGAGCCACAUAUCAGUGCUUUAAGACAGGUACUGUUUGAGGAUUUCCGGGAAUGGCUGUCGGAUAUUACAGGUGUCAAACUGGAGAAGACCGUUGAUAUGUCCUGUGCUCAGUAUGACUACACAGACACUUUGCUAUGUCAUGAUGACGAGUUAGAAGGCAGGAGAUUUGCUUUUAUCCUGUACCUAGUUCCAGAAUGGCUCGAAGCAUAUGGAGGAUCCCUUGAUUUGUACAACACUGAUGAAAACGCACAGCCUGGGUCUAUUGCAAAGUCUCUCAUUCCCAAGUGGAACUCACUAGUUUUCUUCGAAGUUUCACCCAUAUCUUUUCAUCAGGUUUCAGAAGUGCUUUGUGAAGGAAAGUGUCGCCUUUCAGUCAGUGGCUGGUUUUAUGGGCCGUAUCUUGAAAGGCCCCAACCCUUCUUGGAUCCUUUACCUCUCCGCAGUCCGCACAUACCUCAUGAUCAUGAAAUCCUGUACGAGUGGGUGAAUCCAGUUUAUCUGUCAGUCGAUGCCCAGUCUCAAAUACAAGAGGAAUUUGAGGAAAGGUCGGAGAUGCUCUUGAAAAAUUUCCUUCAGGAAGAAAAGUUCAAUGAAGUUUGUGUGGUUCUUGCGACACAAUCUGUUGAGUGGGAACAGUGUGGUCCACCUAAUCGAAGGUGUUAUCAAAGGGCAAGAGGGGAUCUCCCCAACGCCAUUAGUAGCUGCAUGGAACUGCUGAAGUCUGAAGCGUUCUUUCUGCUGCUGUCCAACCUCACUGGCCUUAGUUUACAUUUCUUAUCUACAAACAGUGAUGACUCUGAAGGAGAAGGACCUUCACAAAACAAUCAAUCAGUCUCAGAAGAUGACAGUGGAGCUGAGCAGUCUAGGACUGAACAAAGACAAAGUGAAAAGGUUCCUUUAUGUAGUGGAGAGCUGCGUCACUGGACGCAUGGUCAUUACACCUUGAUACACGAUCAUGACCCAGAGCGACAUGAAUUUGCAUUGGACCUCCUGCUGUUCUGUGGAUGUAAAGACUGGAAAGAAGAGUAUGGAGGAUUUACAUCUUACAUUGCAAAGGAAGAAGAUGAGGAGCUCCUCACAGUUUACCCCGAGAACAACUGCCUGGCAUUAGUCUACAGAGAUAAAGAAACAAUGAAAUUUGUAAAACACAUUAACCACAAGAGCCUUGAGAGAGAUGCCAGCCACAAAGGAUUCUGGGACUUUGCAUUUGCCUACCACGAAUGACAGUAUGGAAUUUAAGCUACAGUGCAUCAUACUAGGAUUACAUGAAUUUGCAAUCAAGACAUUUUAUAAGCCUACACUUGGCAUGUUUCUCACCUGAAAAAUAAAUAUAGCGGUUGUCAGGUGUGUUUUAGUCAGUUUUUGAAGAACAAAUGCCGCAAAAAAGAAUUUAGAAUGAUCUUUCUUGUAAUUUAUGUAACUAAUUAUAUUUCAAAUAGUGUU